AUGGGAACCUCUGUUGUACCCUUGAUCAUCCUAGGACUCAUCUCAGGUUUGAGCCAUGGAGCCGGUGUGCUACCAGACAAUUUGAAUGGAGCAGUAGGAGGAAGUGUUUUUUUCACCACAACAGUGACUCCAUCAGAAAACCCAUUCCUGGUAGUGACUUGGAGUUUUAGUAAUGGUAGUGUCGACAGAAAUAUAAUAACAUCGACCAGCUCAGAUGUUAUUGGAUCAGGAUAUGAAAACAGGAUCACUUUCGACAGAUCAACUGGAUCUCUGGAGCUCAGGCAUCUCACCAUGGACGACACUGGAGAAUACAGAAUUGCAAUAACUCCAGAUGGAGGAGCACAGAAGACAGGAGCCUGCAGACUGGAGAUAUUCAUGCCAGUGUCCAAUGUCGUGGUAACUCCCAGCAGCACAGACUUGAUAGAGUUCAACAGCUCAGUCAGCCUGUCCUGCUCCUCCUCUGGCUCCCCUCGCUCCUACACCUGGCUGAAUGGCAGCUCUGAGGUGACAGCCAGUGAGGGAGUUCAGAUCACUGAUGGAGGCUCCACUCUCACUAUAAUCAGUGUGACCCGCUAUGACCAGGGACCGUUCCAGUGUCGUGUGUUCAAUCCCGUCAGUCAUGACAUCAGUGGCCCAGUAUCUCUCUCCAUCAGCUUUGGUCCAGAAAACACUAACAUGACGCUAUCUCCGUCACAAGAAUACCAUGAGAAAGGGUCAGACAUCAUCCUGUCCUGCUCAGCUGUCUCCAGGCCUCCUGCCCAGUUUCAGUGGGCUCUGAACGGAGCCCCGCUCUCUGAUACUGGACCAGAGCUCAGACUGAACAACAUUCAGAUGAAACAGAGUGGUAACUACAGCUGUCAGGCCCAUAACACUAAAACUCUGAGAUAUCAAACAUCUCAGCCCUCCCGUGUCACUGUGCUGGAGAGAGUCUCAGCUGCUUCAAUCACAGAACCACCAGUCACACCAGUUGAGGGGAAACCAGUCAACUUAACCUGUGAUGCUGCCGGCUCUGUCCUCACCAGAGAGUGGAGGAAGGACGGAUCCCCUGUGAGCCCGGGCAGCAACAUCAUCCUCCAUGACAAUAACAGAGUUUUGUCCUUUAGCCCUCUGAAGAGAACAGACAGCGGAGAAUACUCCUGUACAGCCAGCAACCCAGUCAGCUCUGCUGAAGCUAAAUACAAGAUGACUGUCAACUUUGGACCAGAGAAUGUUAAAGUCACGGGUCCAAAUGAGAUAAAAGUCAAACAGACCCUAACACUAAUCUGCUCUGCCGAGUCCACGCCGACUGCGACCUACAUCUGGAUGAAGAAUGGGACAGAGAUUCAUACGAAUUCUGCUGAGUUCACUAAAUCAGAAAUUGAACUCUCUGACGGUGGAGAAUACACCUGUCAAGCAGGAAAUAAUAUCACUGGGAGAACGGCGACAUCUGACGUGCAUCGAUUGUCUGUAGGCCCACAAGGAUUAACCAUAGAGAAGUUGAAAGCUGGCAUCUUUGAUGGUCCUCAAAUCCGUCAGCUCAUCAGAGAUCCUCAGUUUGAAAACUCAAUGAACGAAGUGGAACUGGAAGCAUGGAAGGCUUUUGUUCUGGUCAUGAAGAACUUUCUUGGCAACAUCAAGGCCAGGAACUAUGCAGACCUUGUCACCAAUAUGCUGACUGCUUUCAGAAACCUUGGAUGCAACAUGAGCAUCAAAAUGCAUUACUUAUUCUCACAUAUGGAUCGGUUUCCUGAGAAUCUGGGAUCAAUGAGUGAUGAGCAGGGAGAGAGAUUCCAUCAGGACAUAAAAGAGAUGGAGGCCAGGUAUCAGGGACGCUGGGAUGCAGUCAUGAUGGCUGAUUACUGCUGGACUCUGAAGAGAGACAUCCCUGCUGCUGAGCAUUUGAGGGGGAAAGAAAGUCUCUCAGCUGGUGCCAUCGCUGGAAUAACGAUUGCAUGUCUGAUAGUUGUUGGAGGGCUGGUUGGUGGGGUUGUGUACUAUACGUUGAAAAGAGGAUGGAUCAAGAGUCUGUGA